AUGUACGCCUCAGCCCUACUUCCUAUUGUUGCUCUCUUCCCUGUUGCCCUUGGUCAGCUCAAUGCACUUGCCAAGGCAAAAGGACUGAAGUACUUCGGUUCAGCAACCGACAAUAGCGAGCUUUCUGAUACUACCUAUGUCUCUAUCUUGUCAAAUAUCAGCCAAUUUGGACAAAUUACUCUCGGUAACACGCAGAAAUGGGUCUAUACGGAGCCUACACAGAACACUUUCAGUUGGACUCAGGGAGAUGUGAUCACCAGUUUUGCUGAAGGCAAUGGGCAAUUGUUGAGAUGUCACAAUCUUGUGUGGUACAAUGAGCUUCCGAGCUGGAUUACCUCUGGCACCUGGACCAAUGCAACUCUCAUUGCCGCCAUGAAAAAUCACAUCGCAAACGAAGUGACGCACUACAAAGGGCAAUGCUAUGCCUGGGACGUCGUAAACGAAGCAUUCAACGAUGAUGGCACAUAUCGUGUAGACGUCUUCUAUACCACGAUUGGACCCGAAUAUAUCCCAAUCGCCUUCGAAACAGCUGCCUUAUAUGACGACACAGUAAAAUUUUACUACAAUGACUACAACAUCGAAUAUGCUGGGGCCAAAGCAACAGCAGCGCAAAACCUCGUCUCUUCACUCAAAGCCCGCGGUAUCAGGAUCGAUGGCGUUGGUCUACAAGGCCAUUUCAUUGUCGGCGAAACACCAUCCCUAGCAUCCCAAAUCUCGAAUCUCGAAUCCUUCACGGCUCUCGGAGUCGAAGUUGCAUACACAGAACUAGACAUCAGAUUUUCGAGUCUGCCACCCACCACGGCAGGAUUGACACAACAGGGAACAGAUUAUGUCAAUACAGUUAUGGCGUGCGUGGAAACGAAGAAUUGUGUAGGCGUCACAGUGUGGGACUUCACGGACAAAUAUUCGUGGAUCCCUUCGACGUUUUCGGGACAGGGUGAUGCUUGUCUUUGGUAUUCGGACUUUACGCUUCAUCCUGCGUAUUAUUCUGUUGUGACUGCGCUCGGGGGAACUGCGACUGCGACUGCUUCGACCGUUACUUCAUCGGCGACGACGUUGGCUACGAGUACGGUGACUAGCACUAGCGCGAAAGCGACUACGACGAGCAGUUCAGGAGGAGGUGUUGCGAAAUGGGGACAGUGUGGGGGAACCGGAUGGACGGGAGGAACCAGCUGUGUAGCUGGGACGACUUGCACGUAUAGUAAUGCGUAUUAUAGUCAGUGCUUGUAA